UCAUAACUGUCAAACACGGGCUCUAGAUCUAACGCCAGUCCAUCUGAGAGCAUUUGUAACGCCCACCCGGCAGGGUCGCCAUAGUGGUUCUCUGUGUUGUUCACGUUUUGAGGUCGGAUGCUAGAUAUAUCUUAGAAAAAUUAACAGCAUGCAUGAAUUCUAUAACGGGUACUCAGCUGUUUUUCAGAUGUUUGUCGUUCCAUCAACGGCAUAAAGCCACGGUCCACUGCCCCAGGAAGGUCCUGGCUAGAUUUAGCUGGCCGACGCAUGUUUGAUCGGGGGGGAUUAAUCGAUGGCGCGGUUCGGAUUAAAUUAUUUUUCGAUCCGGAUGCUGACCGUGGUUCGUCAUUUGAGUUCCCCUCUUCUUUAGGUUUUCUUUUGGGCUUAACGAUCAAGUUUCCUCCCUUGUGCAGUUCAAAAACCUUAACACUAACCUUGAAAUCAGUACACUGAUCACAUGAUACAUUUACUACAACAUGACGGUCCGCCCGAACCUCUGAUUGCCUUGUUUAUCAUAGUAGGAAGUGGCUAUCUAGGUCACAGGUGGCUUAAUGGUUGAACUAUAGACAAUUAGUUGCCGGUUAUAGCUCCGGAGGAGGAGCUGCUGUGAAACUGAAUUGAACACAUGCAGGUGUGGUAGUAGCUGGCUGUGGAUAAAAGCUUCAGAUAAAUAACUUCAGAACUGUAGGUAGAAUACUCCUGGGGCAGCCAGCUUAUCAACGCUAAAUCUGUACCCUUGUUUGUAAGAAAUAUAGCUCUUCCAGAUCCUCUGGAAUUUAGAGAAUUUCUCGGAUCAGAGACGAUACACUUAUUAUUACUAAGCAACACUUGAAAGUGCUAUAAUGCAACAUGCUGCUGGGAAUGUGGAGUACUUGCUGAAAUGGCAGGGAUGGCCCUCCAAGUACAGCACCUGGGAGCCUGAGGACCACAUUCUUGACCCACAUCUGGUUCUGGCUUACGAGGAAAAGGAGGAGAAGGACAGGGCACUGGCUUAUCGGAGACGAGGACUGAGACCCAGAAAACUCCUUGUGCAGAACAUCUAUUCCAUGGACCUGCGGAGUUCUCACAGAGCCCCAGUGAAGCCCCCGCCCCGCCUGCGGCUGUCUCUCUCGCGAUCGCUGGGGGCUGAGCUAGAAGCCAGGGGACGGGACCGUGCCGCCGGGGGGGGCAGCAGCCGGCAGAAGAAAAGGAGGCGCCUGUCUCAGGGCUCGUCCACUGAGCGGCCUGCCCGGGCGGCCGUGCGGGACUUUCCGAACCAGGACUGGCGAGCCGAGGAUGAGAAGAAAGAGACAGUCGUGGAUGCCGAGAAGCAGGCAGACAGUGUGCCCAUAAGCAAGUCCGACCUUCCAGACCCAGGGAAAGAGGAACAGAACCCCCUAAGUAAGCUAGUCCAGGAGGAGCUGACAGGCCUGGGGGUUGUCCAUGACCAGCCAGGGGGUCCCACUCCUGUCUCAGAGCUAAAGCAGGAGGCCACCACUCAUGGGUCCCCUAGCGACUCCUCUGGGUCAGGGGCUGUUACGGCAGGAGCCACAGAAGGCCAGGAGGCCAAUGACCCAGAUGCCUCUGUGCAGGAGCAAGGGGUCAGGACCCCAACUGAUGGGCUGGCAGAGGACAGGGACCUGGGGACCGAGUUGAGGGCUGCUGCUGACCCUCCCAGGACCAACGGCUGCAUUUUGGUGACGGGGCCUGGCGAGGCAGCUUUCAACGGGGCCCCUUUGUCUGACCCAACAGUGCCGACUCCCAGCGGUCAACCAGAGAGCUCCAAACCCCCCGAGGAAACGCAGAGCAGUGCUGUUUCCGGCACGCAGGAGAGCCGUAUGACCCCUACAGUGGAGCCAAAGGAGGAAACUACUAGUGACAUCACGGGGGGAGCCGCUCCUGGGGCAGAGAGACAGGAGGGGGCACCGUCCGCGGGUGAGCCGGGGACAGUCAUAGUCACUGACAUCACCAUCAACUCCCUGACCGUCACUUUCAGGGAGGCUUUGGCAGCGAAGGGCUUUUUCAGGGCCUGGGGCUCGGAGCUGAAAUGCGGGGGGGGGGAGUAGCUAACACAGCACUGGAGAUGAUGUCGCACGGCCUGCCUGCUCUUUCCACACCAGAGUAUAACUGCCCCCCCUUCUGUUAUCUGCAUUGCUGUGACUUUCAUCUGUUCAUCCCUUCUGCUGUUUGUUCUGUGAUCAUCUCUUCUGUUCUGCUUUAUACCCCCUGACAUUUGACCCCCAUUUCCAGUUCCCUACAUUCUGAACCCACAGACAAGCGAGCUUGAACCAGACAGGGCUAAACAUGGCAUAUGUUACUGCAUGGAAACCCCAUUUUAUACUAGGGUCAUAUAUCGUCUCUGUAAUUUUCAGGCAUGUUACGCAGUAAACAACAGGUUACUGGGUGGCCAGGAAUACUGCAAGAUGGCUGCCUUUAGAAACCAAAUUCAUUUUAAAGUUUGUUUUAUUUAGUUUUAAUUAUGGUGCAGUUUAAAAAGAUGAAAUACUGAUAUUUAUAUUUUUGUUUAAUCAACUUAAAGACAAACACACAUACUCUUGACUUACAUCAUGUGUUGUGGGGAAAGAUCCACUAAUGGGAGAAAUUUGUUUUUCCUAGGAGCAGGCUGACUGCUUGUGACUAACAGUGAGAAUCGUCUGGCAAAAAUAAUUUAUGUUUCUGCAAAUUGCAGUAUUUAUAGUUGACCACUGGAGGGCACUCUGACAAAGCUAUUUGUUCUUUGCUUGAAUUUACUCCCAUUGUGGACCACGAUGCACCUUUACUGUGAUUCUAGGGCAUGUGGCAUAGAAGCAGAUCUAUAAUAUAUGUUUACGCCAUUCAUUAUCAUUUAUGGAAAAGGAUGUAGCGUCUGUCAUAAGCUAGAUGGCUUAUUAUUAGAUGGUUGUAGUGGAUUUCAGUGAAAACAGUUACAAAAUCCUGUAAAAUGUUGAGUGAUGUAAACAUUUUAUAUACGUAUGCAUGUAGGAAGUUUGAUACUGGCAAAGAAUGAAAUGAAAUCAAAGUCACCAAUACUAUAUGCAUUAAUAACAGUGUGCUUCAAAGCAGUCUGAACAGUUGACAGUUACUUAUAUCAGAUGCUCGUUUGCGGAUUCCUUGUUUGUGUUUAAACCAAAAAACAGAAAGAAUAGUAAAUUUAAACAUGUCGAUUUGUUGCUGAAUUUUGGAGUUUGAUGUUACAGAGGUAAUGAAAGAAAUAGUAAUUAUUUUGGUAUUUUUUGUUAUCUAAAUUUCCAGCAAAGAAAACAUCUAAAUGUAAAUGACUUAUUUUUGUAGAUGAACUGUGUAUUUGUUAGUAGGUGGUUACUUAACCUGUCCUUGUAUAAUGAGAGAUUUGCAUGUGCAAAAUAACUGUUUCAGUGCUUGUGUUUGUUGUACAUUAGUGUAAACUAAAUACAUACAUCCAUAUAUAUUAUAUAUGUGUGUAUGUGUAUAUACUGUAUAAGGAAAUUUAUAACUUAUCAGGCACUUUUAUUAAAAGCACUGAGCAAAGGAAAUCUAAAGUUCCGUUUCAGUGGUGCACACUUCUUUGGAGUACAAUCUCAGCAUGUGUUCUGUGCAGUGUUAAUGUGUGCAAGCAUUUUCACCACUAGCAGGAACCGUGUGUGCGAUUUUGGGGAAUUAUAGUACUAUAUAUAGUAAUAUGAUAUGAUUAUGAUCCCUGUGUUUCCAUGUUAAAAAUGGACAUACAUCGUGUGCUGUUCGCUGACCAUAUACAGGUGUUUCACAACA